AUGAAGUACAGUGCGCUGUGCUACGCACGCAAGUCGGAGCUCCCUUCGCCCCGGGUUAGGAGGUAUUUGCGCUUAGCCGUAGCCGUGGCUUAUGCAUCCCAACAGUUUUCCAUGGCUCGCGCGCGCGCGGAUGAUGAGCCGCAAGUGCGUCUCUAUGUGGUCUCCACAGGGUGGCCCUACAAACCCACGCACUGCCCCUAUCGAGCGAAAGUGGUCUUGUACGGCGCGACCUCGGCGCGAGGUGAGGCUGAGGAGAUCACAGCGACUGGAAAAAACGUCAGCACGGGCGCUCCAUGCGUGGAACACAGUUCACUGGCGCAAGCUUUGCUACGGGUGGAGCACGAUUGUCUCUUCAUCGUGGAUGUCUCGGAGAUCGCGCAGCCGCAGGACUGGCAAGAUGAAAUGCUACGCCCUGGCCGCGCACGGCGGAUGUUGGAACGCUGGUUUGCCAAGUUCAACUGCAAGGAGGCCACGGUAAUUGCCUUCGCCCAAGAUGCGACGCUUUGGGCGCCCCUGGCCAACUUGCACGGCGAACAGAGGAUCUCUCGCGUGGUGGCGCCCACAGCUGUGCCUUUUGGCGCUCAAACGGAGUUGGAGAAAGCGCAGGUGGAGACACUGCAAGUGGACUUCCAAGAUGGUUGGCAUGAUGUAGUGCGAGCUGCGACGGGUGAAGAUGUUUCCGAUCUUCCCUUCGAGGAUUUGUAUUUUACUGCUGUGGAUUUCGAUGUGCACCGGAGGAGCAAACAACUUGUCCAAAAUGCUCACAACAUCUCCAGCUUCAUCGCGGACUUGGCCGCCAGUAGCCUCCAGCCUGGCCCCGUGGACGUCAGCACAGACAUGGCACCAGCGCAGCCAGUGCUGGUGCCGGGCGAAGUGCUGGCGAUGCUGCGGGAAGCCUGGGAGGUGAAGUCUCUGGUGAGUUCUGCCACAGCGCUGACCACGCACUGCUUGAUACCUGGAAUGACCUUCACUGCUCUCACGGUCAAGGUUUUGAGUGUGCAAAGCGAUGAGGAGGUCCUGAGAGCCACCUGCGCGGAUUGCCACGCCUCGGUGGAGGUGAUCGCGAAUGCUUCGGCUUCGUUGGUGAAAGGUGCCAACGUUUGCAUUUCGGGGUCGACCAUCACCUUGGAGGGCCGCCUUUUUGUUUUGGCCCGUCAUGUGGCUCAAAGCCCCGCAACGCUGCGAGAGGGCUAUGCUGUGGUGCCAGAGGGGCAGCGCGACGUGUCGCGCCUGCGACGCUGCUUCGGAUGCUUGGUCUUGCGUGGCAAGAAGUGCGUUCUGGCGCGUGAUGCCGACAAGAACAUCAGAAUUCCAUUGGAUGAGGCUGCAUUGAAGGAGACGGCCCAGCAAGCUGCGGUGCGUGCGCUGGCAGAGGCCUGUGACAUCUAUCCAGAGGAGUUUUUCAUGCUGCAAAACGUGGCACCUGCGGUUUACUACGAAGGCAGUACCGUGGUGAGUAUCUUUUGCGCUCUGGCGACCAAUCCACCACCUCCUGGAGCCUCAGAAGAUGAGGACCUCCUGGAUGAAGACGACCUCUACGACUGGUUCCGCUACGACUCGGCUGUGGCGCGGCUGCCGUUGCAGCAGCGCCGCGUCCUGGCGCGGCUCAGUGCCGACCUGCGCGACGCGCUGGUGGCGAAGGUCGUCACGUCAGACUAUCCAUGCGAUUUCGGCUCCGACGUGGUUGAAGCGCCCCCUGAACCAGGACCGUCAGCGAGGAGCUGGCGAUGUCAGAAGUGGAUACAGGGCAAACUUCGGAGAUGGUUUCAACUGGAGAAGAGCGAAGAACUGUCAGUGUUGGUAGAGGAGAUCUGCCUGGACGGCGGGGCACAUCAAGACGAGGCCGUGAUGCUUCGCAGUGCAAAAGUUACGCAGCGGCCGAAGUUCAAUCACUGGGUGAUGGAUGAUUUUGAGUGCUCCAGGGAUGGCCCGCGGCGCCGAACGCGGGAGCAAACACAGAGGUCUGCCUUGUUGUCCCUCUUGGAGGUGCCUGGCAAAGUUGACCUCGAGACACAGCUGGCGCUGCGAGACUUCCAGCACUUGGAGCUCUCCUGGGGCCAGGAUUUGGUGCCGGCAUUGCGAGCACUGGCGGCCAAAGACCUCUGGCAGAACGCCGUGGAAUUUUUCUUUGAGGAGGCAGCUAGCCGAAAGGCGAACCUCCCCGAAGGUGCUCUCAAUGCCACGUUGAAUGCUUGCCAAAGAGCAGGUCAGUGGGAGGCGUGUUUUGCGUUGCUGCAGCACUCCCUGCGCACGCGUCGGUCGUCAUUGGAUGUGAUCUCCUUCAAUUCUUCCAUCAACGCGUGUCAAGAAGGCGCUGCGUGGCUUAGGGCUCUUCAGCUGUUGCAGCUCAUGGAGAGGGAAAGGAUUUUGGCGAAUGACAUCAGCUACAGCUCGUGUAUCUCGGUCUGUGGCUCCGCAGCGCAGUGGCAAAGAUCCCUGUCUCUGCUCCACAGGAAGCCGGGCUCCGUGGUUUCUCUGGGCGCAGCGCUAGAUGCCUGCGCCAAAGGAGAAGCCUGGCAAGAAGCGCUAUGCCUCUACCAACUGAUGCAGCAUGGUGAUACCAAGCCCAAUGUGAUCUGCGGCAACGCGGUGCUGAACGCCUUCUCCAAGGCCCUCCAAUGGCCUUUGGCCCUGGUGCUGCUGCAGGAGAUGCCGAAGACCACAGUCAUCAGUUUCAACAGCGUCCUGAGUGCACUUCACCACUCCUGGCCUCAAAGCCUUGCUCUGCUGCUGCAGAUGCGAGACAUGUCCAUCGUCAACGCGGCAUCCUAUAACACCUGCAUUGCCUCAAUGGGUGCUGCCUUGCAGUGGCCUCGAGCCCUACUGCUUUUCGAAGGAACUGGAAGCAGUGGCGCCCUGUUGGGAGCUUUGGGCCAGGCAAGCGCCUGGCGCCAUGCACUACGGAUCUUGAGAGGGUUGAAAGCGCCAGACCUCCUGUGCUACAAUGCCACCAUGAGAGCUUGCGAACGUGCGCACGAGUGGCAAAGAGCCAUGCUGAUCUUCCAUCAGAUUCAGGUGAAGUGUCGAAGCAGCGCCAGCUACUGCAGUGCCUGCAGCGCUUUGUCCCGACAAAAGCACUGGCAGCAGUCCUUGCAGCUCUUGUGCACAGCGACAGCCAGCAACUUGGCCUCCCGACCUCUGAUGGGUGCUGCCAUCUUUGGCGCAGCCAGUGGCGCGGCAUGGCAGGUGGCCGUGGCGAUUUUCGCGUCCAUGCGUUCAGCGCAGGUUGAACCGGAUGACUCCACCCGGCACAGCCUCUUGUCGGUCCUGCCAGCGGAGCAGGCCCCCUGGCCUCGAGGGCCUCAAGGCUGCCGGCCCCGUGUUGAUGUGGGCCGCACUCUUGGGAGCUUCAUGCCCUUACGCUGGGCCACAGAUGGCAGCCGUUUGCUGCUGCCCAUGAUCGUGCAGUUCCAACCAGGAGGAAAGCUCAAGGUUCACCGUGUGGGAGAUUUCCUUGGAGAUUGGGAUUUCCCUCCCUCCAGCGCCAUGGGCCCUAUGCCCUGGGAUGCUGCGGAGGAGCAGCGGCCUGAAGUCACCUCGGGGGAGUGGAAGAUGACGAAAGCUGAAGGCGGACGGGUGGUGCAAUUCCACGUGCUGAGCAACGGAUUCAGGCGUGGCUCCAUCUGGCUGCCUCCCAGAAAGCUCUUCUUCAAAGGCAAAGUUUACGGCGAGAUCCUGUCUGGGGGCAAGAACCCCACUGUGAGCAUCCGGGAAAAUUUGCUGUUCUAUGGCGCUGGCGUAGCGCUACUUCUGGCGUUCAUUUGGGGCCCUGUGUCCCUGGUUGCCCUCGUUUUCCUAGCGCUGCGCGAUGUGUCGAUCGCCGUGGGGACAUGGACCUGUGAGAGAUUGCUGGGAGAUCCGGACACUGAGCCACUGCCACCCGUGACACUGAAGGGUGAUGAGCCGAAGAAGUGGCUUUGA